UCAAAACCUAUAAAAACUAUAAUUAUAGAUCAGCAAGGUCAGACGUACGAAACGUAAUAAUGAUCAUCAUGACUACUGUGGCACAGUUUUCUUCGCUCAUUCUUCUACUCUCUCUGACUCUGACCUCCCCCGCUAACUGCUGGACCAAUGGGACGACAGUCGAGUAUUGGGUGAGACCAGACACAAUGUCAGAGUGCCCCCACUCCAUACCACCACACCAGUGUGUCACUAUAACAGAUCUGGUGACUAACUCCACAGACACAAGCAUCAAUGAUGGUAUGAGUAUCAAUGUAUUCUUCAUAGCUGGGACUCAUGUUCCAAAAACGAAUGGUUGGAUUGUUGUCGGAAAUCCUUAUUUAGAUCAGGAAGUAUCAGCAACUUUUGCAGCAAUUUCAGAUGGACAAAACCAACAAAAUGCUAUAAUUGAUUGUGAGUCAGGUCACCCAAUUAGCUUCGUGUUUCUUCAACUUCUAUCUUUAACUUUGAAAAACGUCGAGCUACAAAAUUGUGGUUUUAAACUACACUUUAAUAUGAGGGGUAACUCAACUAUUCUGGAUGAAACCACAUCAUCAGUAGUAGCCAUGGACGUACCCAAGCUGGUAAUUGCUAACAUCAAUAUCACUAGCAGCAGAGGAGCUGGCAUGGUCAUUAUUCUGAAGAAAUUCGACAAAAAUGUCAACAUUAACCGUUUAAUGCUAAAUGAAAUUGUCAUACACGGUAGAAAUCAUACUGGAAAUAAGUUUGUAGGCAACUUGCACGUAAUGUUCAGUGCGUCUGAAAAUAAUACACUUAAGAAACCCACGAUUUUCUCAAUAAAAAAUUCUAUAUUUUCAAAUGGAAUUGGUAGGUGCUCAAAAUUUGCAAAUUGCUCUUCCGGUGGACUAACAAUUUCUAUGGUAAACUUACAUAAUGUAAGUGUAUUGAUAAACAGGUGCAAAUUUAUAGGCAAUAAAGCUUAUAGUGGCGGUGGUAUCGGAUUGUUCAUAGACGAAGGUAUUCAUAGUUCGAAUCACAUUCAUAUCACCAAGUCAAUAUUUUCAAGGAAUACAGCUGUUAGAAAUGGUGGUGGGCUUGCAAUAGAGAGUGAUGAUUUUCUCUAUCACAAUAAUAUAAUGUUACAUGUGAAUAUAUCGGAAACAGUGUUCAGUUAUAACUCGGCUGAAUUUGGUGGUGCAGCAUACACUUCAUUUACACAGUCUUUUGACAAUUGUACUUUCAUAGGCAAUGAAGCUAGACUUGGAGCAGCUGUCUAUUCAGACGAGUAUUAUGAUAUCGACUUGAGCCAGUACCAUCAACAAAUCAGUAAUUGCACAUUCAUACACAACACAUGCAAGAUAAAUACAAAUGAAGAGACAGAGGAAACUGGUACAAUUCAUGUCAUAAUACGUGAUGAUUAUCUGUUCAUAAAAGAUGUUGAAAUUAUAGGCAAUGAUUGUAGAGGUAUUUACGUUUAUGACACGGACCUAGUACUGUCUGGAACAAGCGUAAUUAACGGUAACCAUGCUCACCAGUCAGAUGGCGGGGCUAUCCUGUUUGAAUGUUCAACGGAUAGUAAUAUACUGGUAGGAAUUGAUAUACUGUCACUCACUAGCCUCAGGAUAAUCAACAACACAGCAGCUGGUUAUGGUGGUGGUAUUGCAAUUCGUAAUUGUGAGGAUGUUAUUAAUGAAUGUAUUUUUAGCCAACCAACAGAUAAAAUUACAAUUAGUAUGAAACACAACACAGCGACGCAGGGAGGUGAUGCAAUUUAUGGAGGCCAACUAGAAGACUGUAAAUUGUGGGACAUUGUUGAUAUCAUGGAGAGAAAUACAUCAUCAGCUGUUUCCUCUCCUCCCAACGAAGUGUGUAUUUGCUCUGACGACUUCCCACAGAAACACACUUGUUCACACUUCAUGCAACUAGACAUUUAUCCAGGACAGAGGUUCCAUAUUCCACUAGUGUGUGUCGGGCAGUACAACUAUUCCUCCCCUUGCAAAGUACAAGCACAUUUACAGAUGACAAGUUUCGCAAACAUUGCUGAAGAAACAAUCCUUCAAAACAUCGCCAAAGAAUGCAAGCAACUGUACUACUCAAUAGAAACUCAACAAACAAACUAUACUGAAACACUGUAUCUAACAAUAGUCGGCCAGGAAGUACAGUCUUAUUACGAAUGGAUCUUUCUAAAUAUUGAGAUUAGAAUUAAAGCAUGUCCACCUGGUUUUAUAACAAACUUCAAUGCCAAAAAAUGCAUCUGUACAGAAUAUCUAGCGUCUAAUGGAAUCACAUGCAACAUUGACGAUGAGCGACUGCACAAGACGUCCUCCAUGUGGGUUGGCACCUAUUCAGAGGGCGUUGUUGUGCAUCAAGUCUGUCCAUUUGAUUACUGUAAGAGCAACUUCACUAAAGUCGAUCCCUUCAACCAGCAAGAACAGUGUGACUUUAAUCGCAGUGGUGUACUGUGUGGAGCUUGUCGACCUGGGCUCAGUCUAGCCCUGGGUACAUCGCAGUGUAAAGAGUGCUCUAAUAUCAACCUUCUCUUAUUGAUACUAUUUGCACUGGCAGGAGUCGUCUUGGUUGUCCUUUUACUCAAAUGUAACCUCACUGUUUCCACGGGAACUAUCAAUGGUCUCAUCUUUUACGCCAACAUCGUACGAUCCACACAAACUGCUUUCUUUCCGUCCAACACUGAUAACAAAUUUGUCAGCAUUAUCUCUGUCUUUAUUGCCUGGUUGAACCUUGACCUGGGCAUAGAAACAUGUUUUGUGAAUGGACUCAACACAUACUAUCGUACAUGGCUACAAUUUAUCUUUCCUCUGUACAUUUGGACAAUAGUAGGCCUGCUAAUCUUAAUCAGCCGCUACUCUAUCAAAGUCUCUAAAUGGACGGGCUCAAACACAGUAUCAGUUCUAGCUACACUCUUCCUACUAUCGUACGCUAAACUAUUGAGGACUACUUUCGAUACCUUUUCAUCGACCACUCUCAUCAAUGUCAACGGUACGCCCACCACCCUCUGGCUGCUCGAUGGCCGCUACACAUUCCUCGAGUGGCCGCACAGCUUGCUCUUUGCAGCUGGCCUGUUCAUAUUAUUAGCACACAUACUGCCAUUCACUAUCCUGUUAUUAAUGGCCCCGAUUCUGCAGCGAUACACACACUACAAGUUAUUACGAUGGGUAAACAAGUUAAAGCCUCUACUGGAUGCUUAUCAAGGUCCUUACGGAGUCAAGUCUCGCUAUUGGACUGGACUACUGCUGCUAGGUAGGCUCGUUAUACUAACAGCUGUGUCUUUAAAUGUGUCUGGAAAACAAGCCAUCAAUUUGCUAGUGAUAAUCAUAGUAUUGUCUAUUUUAAGGAUAAUAUUGAUGGCAUUCGGAAUAACAAUUAAGCUCUAUACAAGCAAACUAUCAAACUUCCUGGAGCUAUUUUUUCUGGCAAAUCUUCUGCUACUAACUGCCACAUCACUGUUUCUGCAGUCAAACCAGACUGAUAAAAUCAGCGGACAAAGUAUAACAAUCUGUUGUAUGGUGGGUAGUGCAUUCGUUAUGUGUGGCCUCAUCUUAGCCUAUCACUGCUACGUUAUGUGUCAGAGAAUAGAAGCCAUCAAGCGGCUAACAUCAAGAGUUGUUUCCUCUCUAAAAGGGCCUCGGAAUCGAGCACUAACUAACGAUGACAUCAUAUGUGUCCCCCCACAUAGCACACCCCCCACAGUCACAGAGGUUGAUUUGAGGGAACUGCUACUAGAGGAUAACUAAUCAUUGACUAACAUUGCACGCACAUGCAGAGAUAGAUAAAACACUUAAUUUAGCUAGUGUAUUGGCAAAAAUAAGUACCCUCACAAUUGUCACACACACAGUGUACUCUCACCUUCUGACACAAUA